AUGGCGUUACGUAAAAGUCAAGUAUAUUUACAACUAGUUAAUAGAUCAUUAUUAGGUCUUUGUUUAGUUAUUCAAAUUGCUACAGGUGUAUUUUUAGCAAUGCAUUAUAGUUCACAUAUUGAAUUAGCUUUUGAUUCAGUUGAGCAUAUCAUGCCUAUUCGUUAUAUGCAUGCUAAUGGUGCAUCAUUCUUUUUUGUAUGUAUGUAUAUUCAUAUUGGUAAAGCUUUAUAUUAUGGUAGUUAUCGUACUCCUCGUGGUUUUAGUGUUAGUAAUCCUACUAUUCAACGUUUCUUUGCUCUUCAUUUCUUAUUACCAUUUAUUUUAGCUGCAUUAGUUAUUAUGCAUUUAAUAGCAUUACAUGUUAAUGGUAGUUCUAACCCUCUUGGUAUUACUGGUAAUAUUGAUCGUUUACCUAUGCAUCCUUACUUUAUUUUUAAAGAUGCUGUAACAGGUUUAGUAUUUUUAUUAGUAUUUACAUUAUUUGUAUUCUACUCUCCAAAUAGUUUAGGACAUCCUGACAACUAUAUUGAAGUUAUUGCUAUGUUUGCAGCUUUACUUAUUUUAUUAGUAUUACCAUAUACAGAUCGUAGUAUUGUUAGAGGUUUUGCAUUUAAACCUUUAUCUAAAUUAUUAUUCUUUGCUUUUGUAUUUAACUUUGUAUUAUUAGCUAACUUAGGUCAAUUACAUAUUGAAGUUCCUUUCAUUGCAUUAGGUAUUAACUCUACUAUUUUCUAUUUUUCAUACUUUAUUAUUCUUACUCCUUUAGUAUCAACCAUUGAAAACUUAUUAUUCUAUAUGGGUCGUAAUACUGCUUAA